AUGGAGACUCUCCCUUCUUAUUCAGCCCACGCCAAUGGCUCAAGCAUUGCAUCGACCUUGGUUGGCACAACUGGCCCAACGACAGAGGAGAGACUGGCAGGAGAGGACCACGCAGAAAUUCGCUAUUUCACAAGUUACGACCAUCACGGAAUUCACGAAGAAAUGCUUAAAGAUGAAGUCCGCACGAGGUCAUAUCGAGACGCCAUCUAUCAGAACAAACACAUUUUCAAGGACAAGGUUGUCCUUGACGUGGGUUGUGGGACCGGAAUACUGAGCAUGUUCGCUGCAAGAGCUGGCGCCCGCCAUGUUAUUGGUGUCGACAUGUCAAGCAUUAUAGACAAAGCAAAAGAAAUCGUUGCUGCCAAUGGAAUGUCCAACGUAAUCACCCUGCUCCAAGGCAAGAUGGAAGAGGUAGAGAUGCCUCUACAACAUAUGCCAGGAGGUAAGGUAGAUAUCAUCGUUUCGGAGUGGAUGGGUUACUUUCUGCUCUACGAAAGCAUGCUGGAUACCGUUCUUUACGCACGCGACAAAUAUCUUACGGCUGGAGGGAAGAUCUUUCCCGACAGGGCUACGAUAUAUAUGGCCGCUAUCGAGGACGGAGAAUACAAGGAUGAUAAAAUCGGAUUUUGGGACAAUGUCUACGGCUUCAACUUUUCACCGAUGAAAGAGAGUGCACUUACAGAACCGCUCGUGGACACAGUCGAAAUCAAAGCACUUGUAACAGAUCCUUGCCCAGUCUUGACUCUCGAUCUCAACACUGUGACUCCAGCCGACCUUGCGUUUCGAGUUCCUUUCAGCCUCCGAGCUCAACGAAAUGACUUUAUUCAUGCUCUUAUCGCCUGGUUCGACAUUGAAUUUACAGCCUGCCACAAGCCCAUUCGUUUCUCUACAGGUCCACACACGAAGUAUACCCAUUGGAAGCAGACUGUUUUCUAUCUUCGGGAGGUGUUGACCGUCGAGGACGGUGAGACACUUUACGGCGAGCUCGAGAACAGGCCGAAUUCUCGAAACAAGCGUGAUUUGGACAUCAAAAUCGCAUACGAACUUGACUGCAGCGACACAUCACGAGAAGCUAAGGGCAGAUGUGCAUACCGCAUGUAG